CUGUGGCACACAAACUAGAAGGACACACACACAGAGACACGCUUAUGUUUGCGCACAAAGAUCAGGAAAGACAGUCACACACGUGUGGUCUCAUGGCUCUACGUCGCAGCGCUAUGCCAGAUGCUACCAGCAGACUGGCACUCAAAGAAAAGGUCUGCGCUGAAUCCUCUGUUAAAUCCAGAAUAGCUGUUCUGAUGGGAGAUCUAUCAGGUGCUGCAAUCAUAACCCAUAGCUCCCACACUCAUAAGCCUGACUUCGAGGGAAGUCUCCUUAAAACACAGAAACCAAAACCCGUAAGAACCCAAAUUAAACUUGAAAGACAGAGCAGUGACCCCUGUGUUCCUAAGAUGAUGCUUCCUCCUGUGCUCGUUCUGGGAAGCCCUCCUCAGAAACCUGAGAGACCUCCAAAUGUUGACAUUCAUCGGUUUAGAAGGAACAGAAAAGCUUUGAAUGACGGACCAAGGAUGAAGAUACCACAUCAUGUUGCUCCUUCACCUACCCCUCGACCUCUACAUUUGAAGCCACCACCCAACCUUGCAGCUAUUUUGAUGCAACAAUCAGAGAGAUUUAAAAAACAUCAAAAAAGAAAUAGAGAAGGGGACACAAACCAUGGUGAAGUCACAGAGGAGAAACAAGCAGAGCCAAAAGGAACCAUAAACUCAGAGGAAAUGAAAAGACGAGCCAAGAAAGAGGAGAAAAAACAACUGAAACAACAGGAAGCGAAAGAGCAGAGGCACAAACACACAAUGAUGGUGGUCAAGAUGAAAGGACCUGCUCCUGUAGUCAAGAGGGGAAAGGCACAUCUUGAUUUUAAAAGAGCAAAAUCUGACUUCCCUCUGGAUAAAGGACGGAUCAUUCAGAAUACAGAAGACUAUGUGAGGACUGAGUCUAUUGAUAAAGUCUAUCCUCACAAAGAGGAGGAGGGGCCUGGGUCUAUGUCUUACCAGUAUGAGUCAGAGGUUUAUGAUGACAUUGGGGCACCAGCUUAUAGGUAUGACAUUACGUCUCUCAAACACUUCAUGUACAUCUUGAAAGAUAGAAUCAGUCACACAUAUUAUCUUUUGUUGAUUUUACACACUGUCUUAUUUUUUAGUGAGCUAAACAAGCAAUAUGGCAAGUUUCUUAUAUUGCUUUUCAGUCAUUUAAUUCAUCGAUUGAUAUAUAUGAAUAUGAUAAUAAGCCCUCCAUGUAGUCUUGACUGUUGAUUUCCCAUUUUUGAAAUAGUUGAGGACGAUAACCUUUAUGAUGAGCUGGAUAAUCCAAAAUCAAGGUUGUACUAUUUCUCUAUGUUUUGGAUUUGUGCAGCCAUUACAGUGGAGAUCACAGUGGGAUGUAUUGAAAGUAAAAAGAAGUCAUCGUUUGGGUGACACCUAGUUGUUAAUGUGAUUAUUGUAACUAUAAUAACUUAUGCUGGUUUUACAGUUGAAGCCUUGAAAAUCUGUGUAAACUAAUUUGAUCAAACAUAAUACAUUUCUACUAAUUCCACCUAAUGUCUUAUAAUACACACUUUUUUGUUGAGGCUGGGAGUCAGACAAACUAUUUUUGCAAUUAUUUAUGAUAAUCUGUCCAUAAACUACAUUCUUCAGGCCUGUUUAAACCACACCAAACUGCAUCUUCGUAAAGCUUUUUUUUUCUCUUCUCUCAUCAGAGUUUCUCUUCUGCCACAACUAACCACAGAUAGAGAUGACCUGUAUGUUGAUGUUGAUUCCCAGAGUCCUCCACUGUCUUUUAAUGGGCUUGAUAUUUAUGACAACUUUAAUGAAGACAGUAUCUAUGAGAUCAACUAAUCUACAAUGAUGCGGUGAUCAUCAUUAUUCAUACCUUUUAUUGACCAUUCACUAUUUGAAUUAUUGUGCAUUUUCUUGAUCAGAAAGCAUGGUCAGUGAAGAUUCAUUAUGAUGAUACAUGGUUUUGUUAGAUCUAAUGUUUCAACCUGUUGUAGCUGCAGCUUUAGAGGAGUUACAAGUGCAAUGGUGACUUGCUUCGUAAAAUAUGGACAAAUGCUAUUUCUCUUCAGUGGGUGUGUUGGCUGGUAGAUUAAUUGGUUGAACAAAAAUGUUAUCAGCAUUUAUUUAAGCAACUUGACUCUAUAUGUAACUGGUUG